AUGGAUAGUGUUCUAGUUGAAGGAUUAAAAGGUUAUUCGAAUCCUGACGAUAAUGUUGAUACAGCCUUCAAAAAGAUACAUGAAAAGAAUGGCAAGCCCAGGAUUGUAAUCGAUUUUGAAAACCUUUAUGAAGCCUGUGAUAGAUGGAAAAAAAAGGUAUACAAGUUUAAAGCAUUGAUGAACAAGACAAAAAGGACAGCAAAAUGUAGUGAAACUUACUCAGAAUCACGUGAUCAAGAACCUAAAAGCAAAAAAAAAGAAGAAAUUGCUGAAGUUACUGCAUAUCAUGCUCGAUUCUUGAAAGUACUUUGUUGA